UCUCUCUCUCUCUCUCUUCAGUUCCUCUUUCUUUCUCCUCUGACGCACUCAAGCUGCGGUAUACUACCUGUGCGUAGCGAAGCUUGUCGGGCCGAUCCAGAGGUGUUUCUAGUGAGGAGCAGGACAGGACAGAAGUGUGAAGAGACUGCUGACAGACUGAACGACUGUUCUCAGGAAGUUGCUCACCUGCUUGCUGGUUCUGUCAGAGUGAUGAGGAUGAGACUUGGGAACUGACUCUUUCUCCCCCCUCUCCUGAAAAUGCCAAACCUGGACAGACUGAUGGAUGUUUCUGAACUGUUUGAAAUGUUUCAGACUCCCUCUGUCAUCACGACCAGCUGCUGAGCAGGAUGCCCUCUGACCUCCAGGAGCGUCACCUGACCUCCAGCUGUGGCUCCUAUAUCAAGACCGAGCCCUCCUCCCCCUCCUCCUCAUUGGUUGACACCAUCAGCCACCACAGUCCCUCUGCCAAUAGCGACGCCAGCGGCAGCUACAUCAACGUAAACCACCUCAACGGAAGCUCGCACGUCCUCGACUCCCCGUCCAUGUUUAACCCGGGCAUGCUGGGAGGGGGCGGAGCCUGUCUCCGGAGGUAUGACGACUGCGGAGAGGGCGUGGCGGAUGAUUCGCCGAUCAAGUGCGAGUAUAUGUUGAAUGCGAUUCCGAAAAGGCUGUGUCUGGUGUGUGGGGAUAUCGCAUCAGGUUACCACUAUGGGGUCGCCUCCUGUGAGGCCUGCAAAGCCUUCUUCAAAAGAACCAUACAAGUCAGCAGACGCUCUAAUCCAGAGCAACAUACAAGUAAGUAA